UUCACACCGGAAGUGUAUUGGUUCGGGUUCACCAUUAUUUAAUUUAAAAAAAUUCAUAACAGACAAAAAGUCCGCGUUUUUCACAAAAAACGCUGGCCCCUCCACUGCCUGUCACCAUGCCUGCUCUGCUGGACAGACCGAAGCUGUCCAACGCUAUGGCCAGAGCCCUCCACAAACACAUAAUGAGAGAAAGGGAGCGUAAAAGACAAGAGGAGGAAGAAGUGGACAAGAUGAUGGAGCAGAAGAUGAAAGAGGAAGAAGAGAGAAAGAGAACAAAAGAGAUAGAGGAGAGGAUGUCCUUGGAGGAGACCAAAGAACAGGUGAUGAAGAUGGGGGAGAAACUGCAGGGACUUCAGGAGGAGAAGCAUCAGCUCUUCCUCCAGCUGAAGAAGGUCCUGCACGAGGAGGAGAAGAGACGCAGGAAGGAGCAGAGUGACAUCACAACACUGACGUCCGCCAGCUACCAGCCCAGUCUAACCAUGCACACAGGACAGCAUCUCCUUAACAUUCAAGGCAGUCCAGUCAGUCACAACAGGGCCGGGGGUCUGAUGUCGGAGCGCAGUAAGCAGUUGUUUCCAACACCGGUCAUCCCGAGUGACCGUUUCACUCUCCUCGCUCCACAGGGCCGUCACUACCAGAACCAGGCUGGGUUCAGUGCGGGCCCGGCGGAGCACGGACAGUUUGGGGGCAGUCAGUCGGUCCACGAGAGCUACGGCGUGGCCCAGACACAACACCCCUCCACCUACGCCCCCGGCCCCUCUGUACCUGUCAGCUUCGCCAGCAGCUCCCAGAUCAGAGGUGUGUCUGCAUUCCAGGCAAUGCAGUACCUCCCUCAUCAGCAGCCAGGCUAUGCUGUUCACAGCCACUUCACCUCCCAGCCUGGAUUCAUCCCUGGUGCUGGAAUACCCCUUCAGAAGCAGUUGGAACAUGCCAACCAACAGUCUGGCUUCACUGACGCGGGUGCUCUGAGACCCAUGCACCCCCAAGCCCUCCAUGCGUCCGCUGCUGGCCCACUCCCCACCCCCUCCAUGGCUGUCCAGAUCCCCACUCCCAAGGCCCCUUUCCAGAGCUCUCUCCAAGCGGCUCCCCGCCACGCUUUCCUCCCCCAUGCCCAGAGCGGACAGAGGUUCUAUCACCACAGCAAGUAACCGUGGUUACCUGCCCAAACUACCUUUACCAGGAGUUCUUAUCGUUGAGAUUUCAAAGGCUUCUAGAAGACUGGAAUUAUGGGACAGUAAACUUGGUUUUUGAUGGUUGAUUGUAAAGCCCAAACCUACAGGCUUGACUUUGUAGUAAUAUUUAUUGUAUCGUUUAUUUUGUUAGUGCUGUAUUACUUUAGUUUUUGUGGCCUAGAUGUUCUAGGAAACUAUUUUCUCCACUGUGAAUAGUAUAGUGUUAUACUUUCUCAAUUUUGUGUGUUUGGAUGUAUUACCUCAAACUAUGUCCUCAAAAUAAAUAAAAAGCACACCAUUUCUAACAAUUUGUGUCGUCUUUAAUUUGUUUGGGGGCGGGAGACAUUCUGCACAGUUUGGACUUCUUUGUGAAUACAAUCAAGCAAAAACCAAAUGCCAUAACUUUUUCUCAUGAGUUUGUACAAAGUAAUAAUGGGUCAAAUACUUGGUGCUUCUCUCUAUAGGUGACCCAGUGUGUCGACAAGCUAGCUACCUGCUCUGUUGGCAGCCUCUGUCGAAAGGUCUUUGCCCAGGCGUUGAGGGUAAUGGAAGAUAAGGGGCCGAUUUGCGCAAAGAAAGGACUUAGUCUUAUGCGCGGUCUCGAUCAGAUAUCUGAAAGACUGAACUGAAACACUGGAAUUGGCGUGCGAGUUUAGUUUCUUCUAAAUGCUACUGUGUGACACUUGUUCAACUCCUACUCCGAAAGAACUGGGCCCAGAUUCACAAAACACUUCUUACGCAAAAACUUAAGAGUAAGAGCAAUUCCUCAACAAUAUCUUAAGAUUUAAUGAUUUUCCUACAAAUGUUUGUUGCUAGGCAACCAAUUUAGCUAUCUAGCUAGCAAUGGCAAUCAUGUUAGCAUAUUUCCUACUGAGAUUACUGUUCUAAAACAUGUUCUUGGGUUUAAAAUAAUCAAUACUGAAACUUUCAGAUGAAGUUUGUGUGAAUGAAACAUGUUCAAUUGCUUUCAUGAGCUUAUUCUCUCACUGCCCUGAGUUUAAGACAAGGGUUUAACUAUCUUGGAAUUAGGAACAAAUCCAAAAACGUUAUUUUCAAGAAUCUAAUUUCUUAACUUUUUGCUUAAGGAGAAACAUAAGAAAUAGCGCAUUAACAUUUCCAAUAACCUUUUUGAGGAAUAGCAACUGUGCUUAACUUCCAUCAUAAGUCUAUAGUUAAGGAAAAAAUGGUAGUUAAGAAGAAAUGUCUUAAAGUUUUGUUAAUCUGGGCCCUGAUCCUGGCAUGUAAAUCAUGACACUUUUUUUAACAGACAGAUUUAAGUGAUAUAUGUUACACAAAAUAUUGAACAAGACUGGAGUCUCAUUCAGAAGGGCGUAUCGCUUGGAAAAUCAGAUAGAAAUGUAACGUAUAGAGCUGACACAAUCUCCAUGUUAUAGAACUGGCACCAUUUUCAAUUAUGUAUGUUAUAUUUCUAUUGUAACAUACCGAGCACAGUGCUCCCGCUGAAUGAGCUCCUAAACAGAACAGCAUCACUCAUAAAUCUAGAGUUGAAGAAGCCCUUGAUGAAUCGGGAGAAUUUACAAAACAGACGUGACAUUUUCAUCAC